CGCAGAGGAUCUCGAGAGACUAACUCCUCGACCAGGCGCCCCUCCCGUUUCAUUCUCUCGCCCGACGCCGUCCCGAACACACCUUCUUGUUUCGUAGUGCCUGUCAGUCUCCGAAAGAUACGAAGCACUUGGUCGUUCUCGAUCUUGCGCUCCUCAUUCGUCCCCCGUCAGCAUGUGGCGAUUCGGUCUGGCACUCCUUGGCGGUCUGGCUCUUGCGCGGGCACAGCGUGGCGCUGAAGAACCAAAAGACACGCAGAUCCUGGAAUCUCGUCAGGGGCUCCCAUUUGUGCCGGCGUUUAAUCCUAACCCUUUGCUCGGACUCCAAAACUCUGUGCAGCAAUUGCUUCUUGGCCAGAACCCUCUAAUUCAGGAACUUCAGGGACGACAGAACUUGGGUAUCGCGGGAGCCGGAAUCCUGCCCGGAUUAGCUGGUCUCACGGGAUUGGCAAAUUCGCCCGGGAUGGGGCUGCUGCAGCUUUUAGUGCAGGGUCCACAAGCUCUCAAUAGGUUAGGUGCCUUGUCCCUAGGCGUAAACCCCUUGGCACAAUUGGCUGCCUUAAGGCAGCAAGACUUGCAUGCAAGACUCCAGGGUCCGGGUUUGCUUGUACCUGGGAGAUCUGGGGAAGAUCAAGAGUCUGUGAAGGACCUUAUCAAUCUGGCUCAAGCUCUUGGCGUGGGUGGACCCGGGGAUUUCCGAGGCGAUGACGGUUUCAGUAGAAAUCCGUCAUUUUUCUCAGAACGAAAGGGCGCCCGUGACGACGAUCUGUCAACGCUCUUGCAGAGACUAAACGCCUACCCCGAUCCCGCCCGCGCACUGCGCUUCCCGCGCGGUGAAAGCACCCAAGGCCUUUUGUCAGAGAGCGGAUUAGGAUCCAGCAGGUAUCUGCAGGAACUCACGGGUUUGGAGAGAGGUGACGCAAGGUCGUCCUCCAUCAACCGCAUCGGAAGCGUCGAGUCGCAGCCCAUAUUCGUGAGGGAGCGGCGACGUCAGUCCGCAAAGGCGGAAGACUCCGGGGAGAACUUCAGAUUCCCCAACUACAGCUGAGUCGACCUGCCAGGGAUCGCAGCAGCAAGUUCUUCCGCUCGCAUGGACUUCGUAGAGCCACAACAAACACUGGUGUUCUCUGAAGGUCUAAGGAGUAGUGAAGGGUCCACUUACCCUUUGCCUCUUAGAGGAGAGGAUCAUAGGAUCCAGAACGCUUCGACGAGUCCUUAUUAUUAACUGCAGAUUGGCGUUAACACGUCCAUUUUGCAAUCUAUGUUUUUUUUUUUCUUAUUUUAACAUUAUAUUGCACUGUAACUAAACAGUCUUUUAGCUGGUGAUGGCAUUAAUUUUUAAAUAUCAAUAUAUUUUUUUUAUUACA